AUGGGCGGCCUACUCUUACUCGUUGGCCUAUGUAUUGUCAUGGCAGUGGCUUCGUUCCUAGCCGGAGCCCUGCCAUUGUCGAUGACACUUUCACAAUCACAGCUUCGUUUAAUAUCAAGCAUUGGAGUUGGCGUGUUGGUUGGGACAUCCCUUAUCGUUAUUAUACCCGAGGGCAUUGAAACCGCGGUUACGCCUGCAGAAGCCUCUCAUCUUCACAAAGUACGAAGUCUAGUGCGAAGAUCGCCAUGGGCCCUUGGAAUCGAACCCCGAGAUAUUAUCGAAUCGUUCCCCGUUGUGCGAACUGCCGCCCCCCGAGACACCAUACAGAGCAGCGACUUGGCCAGCAUUUCACCUCGAAUCGAAGUUUCACAGAGCUAUCAAGCUGUAAAAAGACAGGAAGAUGAAGAAGAGCAGCCGCAGGAAACACCCCAGCCUGCUCCGGAGCAGGAAGAACACGAACACAAAGAACACGAACACAAAGAAGACGAAACAGAGCACGCGCACAGCCAUGAGGUUCCAACGCUGGAAAUUGGAUUCUCCAUGAUUGCUGGCUUUAUUCUAAUGUUCCUCAUCGACAGACUUCCCAGACAUGCUACUGAGAGCUUGCGAUCUGGACCAGAGACUCGCCACAUGAGCUUGGACGACCUUGGAGGGGGCGAUACGGCGUCCAUUGACGAGGAGGCGGAUGGUUUCUUGAACUCGUUGGCGCCAACCCCUCGAAAAGCGCGUAGCUUGGCAACAACCACUGGAUUGGUGAUCCACGCCGCAGCCGACGGUAUCGCCAUGGGAGCAUCAGCAACAUCAUCCAAUAUGCGACUGGGCUUCGUCAUCUUUAUUGCCAUCAUGAUUCACAAGGCUCCCGCCGCAUUUGGUUUGACUUCAGUGCUGCUGAAGCAAGGGCUGUCAAAACGGGCAGCUCGAGGUCACUUGGUGAUAUUCAGCUUGGCCGCACCCGUUGGUGCUUUUUCAACAUGGAUCAUGAUCACGCUGCUUGGUGGCGAUCAUUUGCAGGGAAACACAGGCCAGUGGUGGACAGGCAUGCUGCUCCUAUUCUCAGGAGGAACGUUCCUAUACGUUGCGAUGCAUGCUAUGCAGGAUGACGGCGGCAGUCACAGCCACGAGCACGGCACCGGCAUGAAUGGCUACUCGGAAGGAAACUCUGCGCACCAGCGAAAGUCAAAGGGCCCUCAAAUGCGAGACACGAUUGCCACGGUUGUGGGUAUGGGAAUUCCACUUCUUGCGCAACUGGGCCACUAA